GCUCGAUUUUUCAGGCCUGGCGCAGUGCGCCGAACUCUGCUGGCAGCUGCGCGGUCUGGCCGGGAGGAGGCAGGUCCCCGGGGCAAAGGUCGCGCUGCAGCACAACCUGGGCCUCGGCGGGGCCGUGGUGGUGACCCUCUACGGCAUGGGCUUCCCCGGAGCCGCCAGCACCGACCGUAUUGUGGCUGUGCCUCUCAGUGCAGCUGUUGAUGGAUUUAAGUCACAUUUUGUCUUCAAAGAGAUUGAAAAGAAACUCCAAGAGGAAGGAGAGCAAUUUGUCAAGAAAAUUGGUGGAGUCUUUGCCUUCAAAAUAAAAGAUGGUCCUGGUGGGAAAGAAGCAACUUGGAUAGUAGAUGUGAAAAAUGGUAAAGGCUCUGUGGCAGUUAAUUCAGAUAAGAAGGCGGACUGUACAAUUACAAUGGCUGACGCUGAUCUGUUAGCUCUCAUGACUGGCAAAAUGAAUCCUCAGACAGCAUUCUUUCAAGGCAAAUUGAAGGUGUCUGGGAACAUGGGCAUGGCAAUGAAACUUCAGAAUCUACAACUUCAGCCAGGCAAAGCUAAACUUUGAGCUCAUUAGAGUAAACAGUCAGUAUUUGAUAUUCUUGACAGAAAAGUAGAAUGAAACUAGACAUCGUCAAUAAUAUGGCACAGGUUGGGUUUGACUGGAUGUCUCUCACCUAAAUUCUGUGGUUAGAGACCUUAAUUCUCUUAAUAAAUUCCAUCGGUUUGUCUGUGGCAAAGAUUUUUAGGCUAAGCUUAAGGCGCUAACUCUUAAAAAUGGUAUAUAUGGUGGGUAUUUGUGACAAUUUUUGUUUUAAUCAAUAUGAAAAAUUUUAUAAAACUUAAAGUUGAAUGAGGCUGCUUACUGUUCUUCAGGUUAGUUGGGAAGAGAGUAAGGAAGGUUAUAAAUAGUUUGACAUAUCAAUUAAAUGACUUGCAUUUUUUUAAAAGCUGUAAUAGGUCAUACAAAUGCUUUCAGACUUCCAUUCUAACAAAUCUGCUGCUGCUUCAAUUAAAAUGGUCUUAUAAAGGGGAUCUCUAACAACAUUUUUUUUAGAAUACGCUUUAGGAAUUUGCUAGAAGAUACUUUUCGUAUUACUACUUUGGAAUUAAAAAAUAAACAUAAUAUCCAGAAGUAAGUAGGAACUAGGAAUGUUGCUUUGAGAUUCACAGAACUUGAUAAUACUUCACCUUGAAAAAAAAUUAGGUUUGCCAGGAGAGCAGAGAGGGAGUAUAUCCAACAUUUUCUCUGUCUUCUCCUGAGAAAAUCUGGUGUUGAUCACUAUGAAAUUCUUAUCAGUAAUGUAAAGGCUUUAACUUCUGUUUUGGGAAAAUGUAUUCUGGUUGGAAGUUUAAUAGAAAAUUAAAUAUACUUUUCCUGUUCUUC